AUGCAUGCGAUAACGUAUUGUUUGUUGGCACUAUUCUCUACCUCUUACGUGGUCGCCCAAUCCACAGACGGCAUCUACAACCUCGUCAAGAGACGUUUGCCCAACCAUGCCGAUAAUUUCCAAUUUUCCCUGAGAAACAUCACUGAGAGCUCCAAAAAAUACGAUGAAUUUAUCGUUUCUACCACUGUCAAUGGCAAGGUAGUAGUGGAAGGUAACUCAUUGAGCGCACUCUCAUCUGGUCUGCAUCGGUAUUUGUCGGAUAUAGCUCAUGUUGACAUCUAUUGGUUCAUUGGAAGCCGGCUGGAUGAAGUUGCAACUCUGCCCCGUCUUUCCCAGCCCUUGACGGGUUCAAGCAUUGUUCCCUGGAGAUAUCACUUCAAUACAGUCACCUUCUCUUACACGUCUGCUUUCUGGUCAUGGGAGGACUGGGAGCUCCAGCUCGACUGGAUGGCAUUGCGCGGCAUCAACCUACCUUUAGCCUGGGUAGGAGAAGAGAAGAUUGCCGUCGAGGUAUUCCGCGAGAUUGGGUUGACCGAUAGUGAAAUCGCCUCCUUCUUGGCUGGUCCCGCCUUUCUAUCGUGGAAUCACUUUGGAAACAUUCAGGGAUCUUGGGGGGAGGAACUCCCAUCCGCUUGGAUUGAUAGCCAAUUUGAGCUACAGAAGAAGAUCGUGGCUCGGAUGGUUGAACUUGGAAUGACUCCCAUCUUACCAGCCUUCGCAGGCUUUGUCCCUCGUGCAUUCUCCAGAGUCUCACCAAAUGCGACAGUGGUGAAUGGGUCUCAGUGGGAAGAUUUCCCCUCCCAGUACACCAAUGUUACCUUCCUGGAGCCCUUCGAUGCCGAAUUUGCGAUUCUUCAAAGCCGCUUUCUUGCUAAACAGCGGGAGGCAUACGGCAAUGUGACUCACAUUUAUGCCAUUGAUCAGUAUAAUGAGAACGACCCUUACUCUGGAGACGAAGAAUACCUUCAGAAUGUCACCCGCAAUACAUUGAAUAGUCUGAAGGCCGCCGACCCGGAUGCUGUGUGGAUAACGCAGGGAUGGCAGUUCUAUUCAAACUCUGAAUUCUGGACCGAUGCCCGCGUGAAAGCAUACCUGUCUGGUGUUGAAUCAGACAGCGAUAUGAUCAUUUUGGAUUUGUUUUCCGAGUCACAACCGCAGUGGCAGAAAUUCGACUCCUACUACGGAAAGCCUUGGAUUUGGUGCAUGUUACAUGAUUACGGACAGAAUAUGGGUCUCUAUGGACAGAUCAUGAACAUUACAGUGAACCCAGUGGAGGCGUUGGCUAAUUCAUCAUCUCUGGUGGGAUUUGGUUUGACCAUGGAAGGCGAGGAGGGCAAUGAGAUUGUCUACGAUCUGUUUUUGGAUCAGGCAUGGUCGGAAACCCCAAUUGAGACUGCGGAGUAUUUCCACGACUGGGUGACAACCCGUUAUACCGGCGCGAGAUACGUACCCGACGCUAUUUACCAGGCUUGGGAAAUUAUGAGGCCUACCGUCUACAACAACACCAAUCUUUCCUCCAGUGCAGUCCCCAAGUCGAUUCUGGAGUUGAUACCGAGCACAUCUGGCUUGGUCAAUCGAACUGGGCACCAUCCUACCACUAUCAACUACAACCCAUCCGUUGUUGUGGAUGCCUGGCGACUUUUCUAUGACGCUGCACGUAUUGAGAAUUCCCUGUGGCUCGACCCAUCCUACCAACAUGACAUGGUUGACAUAACACGUCAAGUUCUAGCGAACGCUUUUAUUCCUCUUUAUGAGAAAAUGGUAUCAACAUACACAAGUGGAAAUGCGACAACGGCCAGUAUUAUCGCUGCUGGCCAGAAGUUGACGGCUUUGCUCUCGGCCCUAGACUCUGUUUUAUCCACGAACAAGAGUUUCCGUUUGAACUCCUGGAUCCAAGCGGCUCGGUCAUUAGCUGGAGACAAUGACACCCUGGCCGAUUUCUACGAGUACGAUGCCCGGAACCAGAUCACGCUGUGGGGUCCCACCGGUCAAAUCAGUGAUUACGCCUCGAAGUCAUGGGCUGGACUAGUCUCGUCGUAUUACAAGCCUCGCUGGGAACUAUUCGUGAGCUAUCUAGCCUCUACCCCCGCUUCCCAGUACAAUGAAACUGCUUUCGAAGCAGGCUUGUUGGAGUUUGAGCUACAGUGGCAGACACAGACUUCUACAAACUCCAAGUCUACCGGGGUGUCAGGAGACCUUGCCCAAGUUUUGGAGAAGACGAAGAGUGACUGGCCAGAUGUUUUCAACUGUUAA